UAAAGCGGAAGUAAACAAUCCUCAGCUGACGUGGAGCAGCCGUCGGUCGAACCGGAGCUAAACUGGAUUCCAGGAACUGAUCUCACUGGUUUAGCUGGUGGCUUCAGCCGGAGUGUGGUUCCUCUGAAACUCCUCUGAAGCUCCAGGAGCUCUGCUGGCUGCUUCUGAACCAGAAUAGUCUCUAAAAGCUCCAAAGAUGGCGGCAGCGGAGGACAGCAGGCCGUUCGCCGGGCUGUCGGACGUCUCCAUCUCGGAGGACAUCCCGGUGGAGGGGGACAUCUCGGUGCCUGUCGGCUCCUCCAGGAGAGACGACGAGCUGUCCACGCUGGACGAGCCGGUCAAGGAGACCAUCCUGCGGGACCUGCGGGCGGUGGGCAAAAAGUUCGUCCACGUCCUGUACCCGAAGCGGAGCUCGGCGCUGCUGCGGGACUGGGACCUGUGGGGCCCGCUGCUGCUCUGCGUCACCCUGGCUCUGCUGCUGCAGGGAGGAGCGGCCGACAGCGACAACCAGGGAGGUCCGCAGUUCGCUGAGGUCUUUGUCAUCAUCUGGUUUGGCUCCAUCAUCAUCACCUUGAACUCCAAGCUGCUGGGCGGCACCAUCUCCUUCUUCCAGAGCCUGUGUGUUCUGGGUUACUGCAUCAUGCCUCUGACGGUGGCCAUGGCCGUCUGCCGGCUCGUCCUGCUCGGCGUUACCGGGUCGGUCGGCUUCGCCGUGCGGCUGGCGGUGGUCACGGUGUCCUUUGGCUGGUCCACCUUCGCCUCCACGGCCUUCCUCACCGACAGCCAGCCGCCCAACCGCAAGGCGCUGGUGGUGUAUCCGGUGUUCCUGUUCUACUUUGUGAUCAGCUGGAUGGUCCUGACGUUCUCGCCGUCGCAGUAGAGGACGCCAACAAGGUUUUAGUGGAGAGAAGAACUCCGACACCAGAAUCUGCCUUUGAGGGAAGACUACUGAACACUUUGUGGGCGCUGAGACAGCAUUUGGACACCAAGCAAACUGUGAGGAGCAGCAGAGAGAAAACAUUAUGAAUAUGUUCUUAUUUUUUUGUCUCCUUGUAUAUAGAAAUAGUCCAUGAAUGUUGAACUGCUGGGUCUCUGUGUGAAAUAUUGGAAUACCUGCUGGUGCUUUUCAGCAGCCUGACUAAAACCUUCAGUCUUUGGGAAACUGUUCAGCGUUUCUUUGAGUAUUUUGGUUUUUCUAGACGCAUGACAGUCGACUCUGACAGAAAGUAUCACUUAGGAUUUAGAGUGUUUCCUGCUGGUUUGAACCUCCAGUUUUUCUUUCUUCCAAACAUGAAACUGAACAGUUUUAGAUUUACUGCAGAUGUGUCCUAAACUCUGUCUUGAAAAUGAAUCCAGUGUGGACAGACGCUGGCAGACGAGGUUAGAGGUUAAUUACAGACUAAGAGCAGUAAUUCUCCUUUUGUGAUUUCACCCUCUAGAGCUGGAACUUUGUACUGAAGCUCAUUUCCACCAGGGAAAGAAAAUUAAAAGUCAAAUAAAAAUUCAGAAUUCUGAGAUAAAAUAAAAAUGUUGAAAUAAAGUAAAAAAAAUAAAAAGUAUGAGAAAUUAAGAAAUCUGUUCUGCUUUGGAAAUAAUAGAGCUUAUUCAGUCAUUAAUUAUUUUUGAAGUUCACUAAGUUUAAGGAACUAAAAGGUUUAUUCAUCAGAAAUUUGAUGUGAAAAGUUAAAGUUUGAAAUUAUUGGACAAAGUAACAAAUGCUCUUAAUUUACACAGUAUUUGUGACAGACAGUAACUUUGUGUCAUAUUUUUUGAAGUUUUAACUUUGUCAGAAUUUUGACUUAACUUCAAUAAAUCCAUAUUUUGACUUUAUGUCAAAGCAGUGAAAUAAAAAGUCAAAACUGACAUUAAAUGUAAAAGAAAAACAUCUUAGUCAAACCUAUGACUUUAAAAUCUAAAUUCAGAUGUAAAAACCAUUAUGAAAUAAAGCCUAUACUGAGAGAAUUAAAAAUGAUUACAACAAACUGAAAAAUGGAUCUAAAAGGUAAAACAAUAACUCUAAAACGGAGAUAAAUUCACUGAACAUUAAAAGAAUGAGAUAAAAAUCUGAACAAAUGAUCAAAAUGAAGUAAAACUAGUUCCUUGUUUAGUAAAAUGUUUCACUCAGUAACUUUAAAGUUUAUCAUCUCAGAAUGUUUCUUGAAUAUUUGAAUCAACUUUCUUUCCUCAUGAUGUUUGUUCUGUAAAUCAGUUUGAAACUUCAGUGAGAAGAAAACAGCAGAAAAUUGUGACAACAUUCACUUAAUUUUCUGUUAACAUUGAUCCAGCUUCACAGUAAAACAGUUUCUAAUAAAAGGUCCAACAGAAACUAAAGCAUGAAUGUGUUUUGCAUCGUUUCGUUUGGGUUAAUCGUCUGUUUCUGUCUGUAAACCAACGUUCAGACUGUCUACAUGCUGGCAGAUAAAUGGACGCUGGUGUUGUCUUUGAGGCAGUGUGAUGUCUUUGUUUUAUGGGAUGAAUCAGCUGAUUUCUCAUCUAACCUGACAACCGUCAUCAUGUCCUAAAUCAUCUGCUUCAUUUGUUCAUUUUUUGGAAUUUGAGGUUAAUUUUACACCAGCAAAGGAAAAAAAUAAAAUGUGUUUGAGCAGCUGUGA